AUGGACGUGGAUGCAAGCCUGAAGAUUGUUGGCCUGUACAGCUGGGUGCAAGUCAUCAAUAUUACCAUUAGCGGACUUCAACUGUCGUUGGGAACCUUACAAGUAACCGGUAUCGCCCUUUCAGUUGAUCAGGCGCUAGAAUACUAUUGCAAGCCCUCGCCUGGCUUCACAGCUAAUGAGACAACGCCUUUAAUAUACCAAGAUGGCCGCUUGGUUCCCGAUGGGUGCCACAUGUACAGUGUUCUCAAUGGGACACUGACAGAGAAUAUUACGACAUGUGAGAAUGGAUGGGAGUAUCCAGGUUCAAUGUCUGGAGAAACAAACACUAAUAGUGACUUUAAUCUUGUGUGUGAGCGGGGAAUUUUGGCUGGUACCCUUAUAUCGCUUAACUACGCUGGUUCCCUCAUCGGUUGCUACAUAACGGGUCAGGUGUCGGACAUUGUUGGCAGGCGACCUGUUGCAAUCUGCUGCCUAGCCCUGACGAGUAUAAUCGGCACGGCGAUCAGUUUCACCUGGAACUUGGAGCUCAUGAUGGCACUCAGGUUUCUACUAGGAAUGGUUUUACCGGGUUCUACUCUUGUCAGUUACGUCCGUUUGGUGGAGAUGUUUACGCCCAAGUCUCGGACUAUCGGCAAUAUGAUGAGUCAGAACUUUUGGGCACUCGGCGUGGUGAUGGUGGCUCCGAUCGCAUACCUCCUUCCGAACUGGAGACACUUCCAGCUUGCUAUCUCUCUCGGCUGUCUUCCAUUUCUGCCUCUACAUUGGUUUUUUUCAUACGAAUCACUUCGGUGGUUGGUACAAGUGGGACGGGCACACAAGGCAGAAGCCAUUCUGAAGAAAAUAGCAAAGUCGAAAAACAUCAAGCACGAAGGAGGCUUCCUCAUAUCCCAACACGAAGAUGUCCCUCUCACUGAGAACGUCCCACUUAAGGAAAGACCGGUACCCGAGGAACCCGAGGAUAAUCAAGCUAUAUCUUCACCGACAAAACGAGAUGAGGCGGCAAAUGAAAGAAAGCCGGUAUGCGUAUCCGAAGAAGUUAACGGUAACAUUAUUGAAGAUGCUGAAAACAUCGGGAACAACAAUGUCAAGGAAAGUCCAGGCAGAAAGUAUACACUUCUUGAUCUUUUCAAGACAAGGGUCCUCAUUAAGCACACAUGCAUCAUCUGGUACCUGUGGUUUGCUUGUGACAUAAUGUACUUCGGACUAAUUGUCUACACAACCAGUUUAUCGGGAAAUAAGUACCUGAACUUCUUCCUGCUGUCACUUGUGGAGUUUCUCGUUUAUACCCACGACUGCUUCAUAACAAGAAGAUUUGGCCGCAAGUGGCCAAUUGCGGCCUUUUUCGCGGCUAGUGCCACAGCGUGUAUCAUGAUUGCCUUUCUGCCCGAAGAAACAGCUGGUGGCACAGAUUUGACAGUGUUGAUCGUUGUGAUUGCAAUGAUUGGGAAGUUUUACUCUAGCGCCUCGUACGAUCUGACAAUGCUAAUCGCGGCGGAGAUAUUCCCGACCGUGUUAAGAAACAUUGCCGAGGGGAGCGCUGCUGCAUUCGGCAGGAUUGGCGGCGUAGUCGCACCAUUAAUUGUUCAUUUGGGAAGUAAGUUCAGCUUCUUGCCUAUGACCAUAUUUGCUUUGAUGUCCCUGGUAUCCUGCAUUUGCAUACUUAUGUUGCCAGAGACCAAGAACCGACCGUUACCGGAGAUGUACGAAGACGUUAAUAAGCUAACCCGAGGGAGCGAGAGCACCCGCUAGAGUUCAUUUCUGAAAAAAAGUGAUAUCAUCAGUCUUAAAAAAGAUGAACAUUUUGUUUCCUCCCACGAACCUCUUCUGUGCAGAUGAAGAGGCUACUAUAAUACUUAAUACGCCUGUUAACGAAACAAAAAUUAAAACGUUUCUUAUAUUUGUAUUUCCUACAAUCUAUACAAAAGUUGUUUCCAUUAAAAAAGUAGUUUCUGUUGUCGUUUCUGAUGAGAACUAUGUUGUUGUGAUUUUUAAAAGAUAUAUCGAAGAUAAACAGUGAAAUCAGACAAAGGUUAAACAUCAUUGCCAUUUUUUUUACCUUUCAUA